AUGCAGGAAAUUCGUAUAAUUGUUCUGGAAAUCGAGGAUGACAUAUCAUCAAGGAUCAUUCGACUUCGGCAAGGUUGGAUUGUUCGGUUUGUAAAGGGUGCAAGUCUGCUUGGUCAUGAUAUUAAACUUAUAACAUCAAUCGCUGGUGAAAUAAAGUGGACACAAAAUUCUGAUGAACUUGCAUCUUUUGCUGAAAUCGUUUGUCUUAAAGCUGGUGUUUUUACUUAUAAUGUGUAUGAAAAUGAGCAACAAUAUGUUGAAGGAUUUUUGCAAGUUUUGCCAGAAUUAACAUCUGCUGGACACCCAUUACCGCUAGAUGCAAUAAUAUGUCAGACGUAUAUUGCCAAACUUCUUGGUCCACUAAGCGAAUGGAAAGAUCGUUUACGAAUCGCAAAAGAAAGUGGAUUUAAUAUGAUUCAUUUUUCUCCAGUUCAGGAACUUGGAAAAUCAAAUAGCAGUUAUUCAUUGGCCAAUCAUUUAAAAUUAAAUCCAGCUUUUAAUAAUCAAGGUACAAAUUACGUGAUGAAUGAUCUUGCAAAGAUUAUUGGGGAAAUUGAGCAGGAAUGGGGUAUACUUUCAAUUCAAGACGUGGUGUGGAAUCAUGCAGCAAAAGAUGCUUUAUGGCUUCAUGAACAUCCAGAAUCGACUUAUAACUGCAAAAAUAAUCCGCAUUUGCGUCCCGCUUAUGUUCUCGAUCGUUUAUUCUACCAUUUUAGUAAUGAAAUAGCUGCUGGAAAGUGGGCUGAUCGAGGACUUCCUCCAGUUAUUGAGACGGAUAAUCAUAUUUCUGCCCUGCGUCACAUAUUGCAAGAUGAAAUUAUGCCUCGAGUUAGACUGGCAGAAUUCUUUAAAAUCGACAUUCCUCUGCUGGCUGAAAUAUUUCGUACCGCUAUUAAAGAAAGUCCUAUAUCUGAUGACUAUAUCGAGGAUUGUUUGGAAUUAAUUCCUGGUAAACAGUGGGCUAGAUUUGGUUUCACUAUUGAUAUGGCUUCAGCAGUUCGUAAAUUCAAUCACAGUCGAUAUAAUGUGAGUAAUGAAGAAGAUCGUCAAAAUCAAUGCAUUCAUGCUUUUUGCAACGAGAUGGACUACUUAAAUCGAUGUAAGGAUGAUUACGCUAAAGAAAUUAUAGAAGCGAGUAUAAAUGCUGUCAUUGGCCAUGUUUAUUAUACAAGAGUCAAUCCUUCAGGUCCAAGAAGAAAGGAUUUGAUUGGAGAUUUCCCUCUCGUUGAUUGUUAUUUCGUGCAUACUUUUCCAAGUGAAACAUGGGAGAAGGAUGAAUUAUAUGCUUAUAACGAUAAUACUGCUCAAUAUUUGAUGGCUUGCAAUGGAUGGGUAAUGAAUGCGAAUCCUCUCAUUGAUUUUGCUGCUUAUCCUUCACAGGUUUAUUUACGGCGUGAAUUGGUUUGUUGGGGUGAUUGUGUCAAGUUAAAUUAUGGUCAAAAACCUGAAGAUUCUCCAUUUUUAUGGAAAUUCAUGAAGGAAUAUAGUCAGACUUGUGCUCGAAUAUUUCAUGGUGUUCGUAUAGAUAAUUGUCAUAGCACUCCGAUGGUAGUUGGCGAGUAUAUGUUAAAAGCUGCUCGUGAAAUUCGGCCCGAUUUAUAUGUUGUAGCUGAGCUAUUCACUGGAAGUGAAGUCAUCGAUAACAUUUUUGUAAAUCGACUCGGAAUUACUUCUUUAAUUAGAGAGGCACAAAACGCAUCGGAUAGCCAUGAGCAAGGUCGUCUUGUAUAUCGAUUUGGUGGUGAAGUCGUAGGAGCUUUUAUCCAAACAUCAAUUCGAGAAGCGACAUCAUCAGUGGCUCACGCUCUUUUUUAUGAUCAGACUCAUGAUAAUCCUUCAGCUAUUGAGAAACGGUCUGUUUUUGAUGUGCUUCCUACGGCAGCAAUGAUAGCCAUGGCUAGUUGUGCUAACGGUUCUACCCGAGGAUAUGAUGAGCUUAUUCCUUUCAAAAUUGAUGUUGUAAAUGAAAGACGGCUCUACGCCAAGUGGACUGAGAUGGGCAAUUACAGGGCUCUUAUUGAUAUUCGCGCAAUUAUUAAUCGACUACAUUCAUGGCUUGCAAUGAAUGGUUUCACACAAGUAUUUGUCGAUCAGAUGAAUUUCGAUAUCGUUGCUGUGACUCGACAUAAUCCAAUAACUCAUGAAACGGUGAUUUUGGUAGCCCAUACUGCUUUUAGUAAAAACAGUAUAAAUCAUGUGGGACCCGUUGUCCGCAAUGUGCAUUUCGAAGGACUUCUUGAAGAAAUUAUUUUUGAAGCUCAAAUCAUCGGAGGACAAGAAGUGCAGCCUUUUAGCAGUGACUGGCUUCAUGGGUUAACAGAAUACUAUGUGGAAUUCAUGGAACAUUUAAAACCUAAUGAGUCAAAACUCGUUCUGGUUCAUGGUGUAGAAAAUGGUAAUAUCGAGCUGAAAAAUUUUUCUUCUGGAUCAGUCAUUGCUUUGAAGAUUUCUCCACUGAAAUCUGCUGCUGAAAGUGUGGCGAAAAUUCGUAAUCUUUUAGCUAACGAUGAUGAUCCUUUACGAAAUGAAUUGCGUAGAAGUCUAGAAAAAAUGUCACUUCAGCCUCUGAGUUACAUCUUUUUCAAUUGUAUAGCAGAAGAAAUUGAUUGUGGUGCUGGAGCUUAUCAUAUUCCUGACUUUGGCCAAUUGGUCUAUUGUGGUUUGCAAGGUUUGAAACCAUUGUUGAAAAAAAUAGUUGCGCAAAAUGACUUGGGGCAUCCCUUAUGUGAUAAUCUACGGAAAGGAUGUUGGUUAAUAGAUUAUAUUGUCCUGCGUUUAAAGCGGCAUCAAAACACUUGCGAAUAUGGUUUUGUUGUUGAAAAAAUCUUUAUGCCUGUAAAGGAUGUUCAAUAUUAUCUACGACCAUCAUAUUUUGAAGCUGUUUUUUCGUUAAUCUACAGAAUUACUCGCGAAGAACUGUUUAAAAAGCUUCAUCCAGACUUGCUGAGUUCUUCCCGUUUUGUUCGUGCUUUAGUGUUUUCUGCAACAUCUUUUGUCAAUGCGAUUAAUUCGUCAAAGUUGCCACCUUUAUCUCCUUCAGUUAUUCUUGAAGAUCAGUUUCCUUCAUCAUUGUCUGCUGGUUUGCCUCAUUUUUCUGUUGGAAUAUGGCGCAACUGGGGUCGUGAUACUUUUAUUGCUCUUCCUGGUUGUUUACUUGUCACAGGUCGUUAUUAUGAUGCUAGGAAUCUAAUUCUUGCAUACGGAGGUGCUUUACGACAUGGACUUAUACCAAAUUUAUUGGCUGAAGGACAAGGACCACGUUAUAAUUGCCGUGAUGCAGUGUGGUUUUGGCUUUAUGCUAUUAUUAAAUAUAUAAAGAUGGCUCCCCAUGGUGAUGAAAUUUUGUUAAUGAAAGUUUUACGCUUAUAUCCAUUCGAUAACACAGAAUAUGGUCGUGACCAAAGGGAAGAAGAAUUGUGGAGAACGAUGCACGAAGCACUUUCUCGUCAUUUCAUCGGGAUUGAUUUUCGUGAACGUAAUGCAGGGACUGCAAUUGAUGAGCAUAUGACUGAUCAAGGAUUUAACGUUCGUGCUUAUGUUGAUCAUGAAUUUGGAUUUAUUUGUGGAGGUAAUGAGUGGAAUUGUGGAACAUGGAUGGAUAAAAUGGGUAAUUCGCAUAAGGCAGGUAACGCUGGGGUUCCAGCCACUCCUCGUGACGGUGCCGCCGUAGAAUUACAAGGACUUGCAUAUGCCGUUAUAUGCAGUUUACAGCAUCUUCAUAAAAAAGGGUUAUUUCCUGAAUCCGGCGUAACUAAUGGUGAAAUAUCAUGGAAAUGGAAUGAAUGGGCCGCAAGAAUGAAAGCAAAUUUUGAAAACUGCUUUUUUGUAAGAGAUGAUGAUCAUUCUUUUAAUAUCAAUCGACGAGGAAUUAUAAAGGAUACCUUUCGAUCAACUUCUACUUACACUGAUUUUCAACUUAGGCCUAAUUUUGCGAUUGCUUUGGCUGCGGCACCAAAUUUGAUGAAUCCUAAGAAUGCUUGGAGAGCACUGAAUAUCGCUGAAAGUAUUUUAAUGGAAGGCGAUAUGAGCCUUGGGAUAAAAACUUUAGAUCCGAACGACUGGAACUAUAAUGGAUUUUAUGACCCUUCAAAUGAUAGUUAUGAUAGGAAGGUUGCUGGAGGUUUCAACUAUCAUCAGGGUCCUGAAUGGCUUUGGGUAGCAGCUUAUUUUUUAAGAGCAAAACUAUAUAUUGCGAACGAACUUAAUCAGCAAACUUACGAUGAAACGGCGCGAAAUAUUAGAAAAUAUUUGGGCAGAUAUUGGAGACAUCUUGAACAUUCUCGAUGGUCGUCCUUACCGGAGCUAACUAAUGAAAAUGGAUCCCACUGUGGUGCCUCAUGCCAUGCACAAGCCUGGUCUAUAGGGUGCCUUUUAGAAACUGUCCAUCAUCUCUACAGAAAAUAG